AUGGAUGAAAUGCGUGAUGGGAUUAGCUAUGCCUGGAAAGGGGCGAUGCGUGGGGCGAAAAAGGGUUACAAAAUGACAAAAAAUGUGCUGCGCAGUAUUCCUGUUGAUCGGCUUCGCGUGCCCGGUGCCAGCAGUAUGAGGAAGAGCAGCAGUGGAGCCCUGCGGCGUCUCUUUCAGCUGCGGUACGGCGCAGAAAUCAACAACGAGCAUGGUGAGCGCGUUGCGGCGGCGGAGGUGAGUGAUGUGGAGUCGGAGGAGGAAGAGGCCUUAACAGACGAGCAAGUUCACGAGCGGGUGGAAAAGAAAUUCUUUGACAAAUCCUAUGAUGCUAUGAGGUAUGAAAUCACUCAUAUGGAAGUCGUUCUUGACAAUAGUGAUGAUGUACAGCAACAACAACAACGUCAGCUAACAGAAGCGGCAAUACGAGAGUUGCGGCAAAAAUGUGAUGUUGUGAGUGCGACGCUAAAAAAACGGGUCUUGGCAAAUCGUAAGGGUUUUGUUAACGGUGUGGAGGAAAUUCGUCUUAUCAAUGAUAGACUACUGGAGACAUCAAGUGAUUGUAAAAAGGGUAGAAAUUUUAUCCGAAAGGCUAAAAAUGGGGCAGCAGAACAAAUGAAAAUAUUAGUUUACCAUCGUAGGCGUGGUAACUGCGAAGCAACACUUUCACUCCUUAAUGCAAUGAAAGAACUUUGUUGGAAGCGUAAUCAGUUAUUGACGCUUUUAGAAGGUGGUAAACUUAUUGAAGCAGCAGAUCUUUUGCGUGUACAAGGUGAUAUUGAACAAGAAGAUAGAAUUAAGAGGUUACACUGCAUGACUCAUGUCAUAGAUGAGUGGAAAGAAUAUCGUGAUAAUAAUAAGGUACUGCAAAAAUCUCAAGAGACGGCAUUACAAGAAUGUCUAACAACAAAGUUUAUUCCAUCUAAGUACCGAAAUGCUUUUGAGGCAUCAAUCGUAUUGAAGACUGAAAAUUAUAUUCCAAGUCUUAUAGCACAAACUUUUUGGCAAUCAGCAGUGUAUAUACUCACCAAGUCACUUACAGAGGUAUCACAUAUAAAAGAUGAAGAUGCUUGUAUAGCUGAUAUCGCUGCAGCUAUUGAUCCUGAUCACUUGAUGCUUUGUUUAUGUCAAAUGUCAGCUAAGACGAUGGAUUUCUUAUUUCUUUUUACUACAGUGCGAAAAAUGCAUAAUGAUGAUAGUCGUUUGAAUAACUCAUUAGCUUCACUACAUGCUGCAACAUUAAAAGAAAUUACUCAUGUGGGUCAGAAAAUUGGACAUGAUCUUGUAGAAAAAAUUACCCUUGUAUUGGAAAAAUCACGCUUUGAAUAUGUUGAUGUUGAACGAGUUUUACACAUAUAUUUUGUAGUGAGUAUGCUUAUUGAGGCAAUAUCAGUACUAGGUCUUGAAAAGAAUGAUCAGUCCAAUGCCCGUUCACAGAUAAAAACAUCUCUUGUUAAAUAUAUUACACAUCAGUUUCAAGAGCCUAAGGCGGCUCAAAUAUUAAACUUUAUGGCAGAUGAUGCAUGGGUUGUGGACGAUGUAAGUGCACUAGAUAUGCAAGUUGUAGUUCCACUUCAUCCAGAAACAUAUCGGCAUACUGUAAAGGAAGUUAAAUCAUACCUUUCAGAAUCUUCUAUUGAAACCCCAGGUAGUCGUGAAAAUCCCUUUUAUACUACUCAAAUGCUUAUAUUACAAGAUACGGCGCGUACAGUAAAGACAGAGUCAUUUCGUGAGGAAAUUGCCCGCCGUGGGGUACAAGAUGUUCCAUCACUUUUAACCCCAUCAGCAGUGGCAGUAGCAAAUGUACUGUUAGAAUAUGUGGCAAGAAUAGUAGCUCGAUUUGCACCUCUUGCAGCGGAUACACUUUCUUGGGCAGAAGAUCUUAUUUCUCUAUAUCUUUACACAGUGGCUGAUAAUUUUGUUUCUAUUUCAAGAACGGUACAUCUUGAAAAUCAAGGUGACUUUAGUGAAGCAACUCAAAUAAUGUUUGCAGAGAUGCGUAUAGCAGCAGAAAGGACUGUACGACAAAAUACCAAUUCUGCCACAAUAUCUUUUAAUGGAAGUGUUUCAGUAUUAACAUCAGAUGAUGACAUCUCUGCACGUUUUCCCCCUCGUGUUUGGGGUCGUAUACGUGGGAUUAUUACAAGUGAAGCACAUCAAUAUGCGAUUGUUAAUCGAGCUGUGGCUGGACAAUCGUGUAUAACUUUAGUUUAUCUUCUUGAAGCAAUGGUGUAUUCUGUAGCCCCAUUAUUACCUCCUAUUACGGUGGACCAGUGGGUUCAGCGGUGUAAUAAAUUGAAAGCGGUUUCUGUAGAAUUAUUGCAUGUUGGUCUUCAUCGAUUGUGUUUGGCAAUGUUUCCAAUGGAAAACAUUGCUCAGAGUAUUAGCAAACUACGAGGUAAUGAAAAGGAAGUUCAUGCUAGUUCCUACGUUAAACAGUUAGUAGAAGAGAUGAGUGCUCUUAAUGCAAAACGUCACGUUAUGCCAACACCAGAAUUAGAGCGACUUCUUUUAAGGCAUUUUAUAUUUGCUGUACAAACAACCUUAUUAAAGGAAUAUGCCAAAUUAGCUAGAAAGAAGCCUACAGAUGCUCUAAUAAUGCAGAUAUCAGUAGAUGUACAGAGUUUUCAACAACUAGUGGGGGCAAAAUUUGGGAAAGCAGUAUUUGUUCUACCAGAUUAUGUGACUAGUGUAAUAAAAGCCGGUUUUGUUGAAGGAAAAGAGGAACGUUUGGAGUGGGUGAAAACGCGUCACGCAUCUUACUGUGCAGCUGAUCUGGUGCAGUGGUUCUCUGCUGGUGAUCGUACCAUGAAGGUGCAAUUGGAGGACCUUCUAGAAGACUUAAAACAUAAAGAUGCGAUUCCUAUCGUAGCGUUCUGUUAA